CGGUCGGCGGACGCGGGUCGUGGUGGCGGAAAACUUCGUCCAGGCCUGACGGCGCAGGGCACAACCGAGUGUCGAGGGGAGUUGUGAGUCAAAGUUGUGCAGCCUUCUGCAACCGAUCGACGCUCUGCUGGGUUCAGUCUCGCGUGUGUCGUGUUGUUAAACACUCGGUCCUCGGUGAGUUUCGCUUUGCUGUGGUUCGUUGAUUCCGUUGUAUGGAACACAGAGAAACUUGGUGGCCCUUUCACGUUUAGGUCGUACAACCGACCAUCCACGGCUCGCUGCACCGCCGAAUGCGAUCCUCUCAUUACUGUCCGGAGUUCACUUCCAGAGAAGUUUAGAAGUGCCGAAACUACGCCCAGUGUCUUCCAAGGUACCGGUCUGAUCAUGGAUUACAGUGAAAACACGCUGCGAUUUUCACGCUGUGGGGAAACUUUCAGUGAAAGCUACCCGUAGUUUAAGUUCCAGGUGAAAGCGGCAGGCGAAUUUGUCCCGAAUAGUCGAGGAAGAGCUCGAACCGCGACGGAUUGACCCUUUUCGCAAAAACGAUCGAUAAAUCGAUAAACCUGGAGGAACGCAAGGCAAGACACCAAAGGGUCAGGAUGGCCGAGGAUCCCGUUCCAGAUUUGGAGGAGUCGAAAGAGAGCUCCUCAAAUGAGCUUAUUCCAAUCGGCGUGAAAAUCCUCGAAGUGAUUCUAGCCGUCUUUGCGAUCGGUCUGAUCGUUGAUCCGUUCAACUCGUUUCACAGGAUUGGCAACAAAACUCUAAUGAAAUUGGACGAUGUCGGUAUAAUCUAUGUCCCGAUAGCCGGAUAUAUCUUGAUCAACAUGAUCAUCAUUGUCGGAUACCUCAUGGGUGAUCGUAUACCAAAGAAAACGGCUGUCUUAUUUCCCGCGGUUGGUGCCUUCCUUUUCGUCGUUGCCGGAAGCGUGAUAGUUCACAACUGGCGAAAGUUUCGUGGAAACUACGUCGAUGUGUCCAACAACGCUACCUUCGCCAGCAAGCAGUACAUGGAUAUGCUGAUAUCGGGGGCGGUAUUCGUCUUCAUCGACGCAGCGGUCUUCGCCCUCGACGUUUACAUCACUCACCAGUAUUUGUAGAGCGAUCAAUGAACAACGUCAGCAAACAAAGAAGAAGAUGACGAAAGAAAAAAGAUUUCGGUUAUACACUUCAAUAUUCAACGUUACACACGGACGUUGACGUUACAUAAAGAGACUCGAGUUUUAUACAUAAAACAUAUAGUCUCAGACGACGACGAGCAUUGGCCAAAAACGCCAAAGAUUUUUUUUUUUCUUAUCCGUUUAUACCUCUAAAUUAGUCCGUUUUUCAGUAUAAUUAAUGAAUUAAUGAAUGUAUUAAAUAGCUUGUAGGUGUACAAUUUAUAAUUAAUUUCCAGUGUUCAAAAUCGUUUUUCCUCUUUUAUUAUCACUAAUCUGUUCAUCAAUUGUUAUUUAUUAAUAAUAUAGGUUUGUUAGUUACCAUAAUUCAGAGUUAUCACACACGUUAUAUUGCCUUAUCCCUGCAUCAUGCUGUUACACGUAUAAGCCGUAAAUUUCAUACGACAUAUUUCACUUGGAAUGUUUCGACAGUUUUAACAACAACCGAUAACUAGUCCAUAACUGUAAUAAUUGUUCGCUGUGCGCCAUAUACUUUCAACUCUAUACAACAGAUGUAUGUAUCAAUCGUAGUUAUUAAUAUAUUUUACAUAUUUCAUUUUCAUGUCGCUAGUUUUCGCAUCGAGCUCACAUAGUACAACUGCAGUGCACGGAUAACCAUAAAGAAAGUCGAUGCACUUUUGAACAUUGAGUAUCCCGAGCUAUUUGGAAUUAAUUCCCUCGCCUUUUCAGAACUCACGUU